UGACGUCUACGGAUACGCCGUCCAGCGCAUCGAGACGUCGGCCAGACGUUGUCGCGGCCGUCUCGUUGGCCACAGCAGACACCAGCGUCUCUAGGAAUUUCCCGUUGCUCACCGCCGUGGUCAGGUAGUCCGCCGCCUCGUCCAAAACUCCGGCAGCCACCGCGGACGCGUUUUCGGUGCCGUCAAUGCGAGCGACUCCGGUAUAGGAGAUCCCACUGCCUUCAUCCUCGUCCAGGCGCCGCCCGGCGCUGCUAGCAGUCUGCGCCUUCCCGCGCAGCGCGCGCACGGCCGCCCGCUUUGCCUCGCCGAGGCGCCGCACGGUCCACCCGGGCGGCGGCCACUCCGUCGCGCGCCGGCGCCCGGCGGCCCCAGCUUCAAUAUCGGUCACGUCGGUCAGGUGCGGGCAGAGCCGAAGGAUGGUCAGGGCGAAGGCCCUCCUGAGCAUUUCGUUCGCGUUGAACGCGCCCGAGUUCAAGCCGAGGAGCCGCACGCCCGAGGCGACCUGGACCACGGUCUGGAUCGGCGUCGGCAGCGGCGACGGGAGGGGCGACGGCACCAUCGUCGGCACGGGCGAGGGAGCCGCCGUGGUCGGCGACGGCGUCGGGACCAGCGUCGGGUGGGACGUAGGCACCGCCGUGGUCGGCGACGGCGUCGGCACGAGCGUCGGCUGCGGGCUCGGCGCGGCGGUCGUCGGCGCGGCGGUCGUGGGCCCGGGCGUCGGGAGCAGCGACGGCGCGAGCGUCGGCUCGGCCGUCGGCGCCGCGGAGGGCCGCGCCGACGGCGCGCAGCCGCCGGGGCCCUGCGCGACGCCGCAGGACGUCGCCUCGCAGGGCGUGCCGUCGAACGCGAGGUUCAGCCGGACGUGCGUGUCGAAGCACCAGCCGAGGUCCUGGUCGAAGGCCGCGGCGUCGCGGAACAUGAGCGGCAUCUUCGUCAGCGCGUCGAGCGACCAGUUCCCCAGCGGCCGGUUGAAGCUGGCGGCCUUCAUGAACAUGCCCGCCGUCGUCUCGACGCGCGUCGGGGCCCAGCCGUCGAGCUCCCCGUCGAAGGCGUCCGCGCCGCGGAACAUCCACGACAUGUCCGUGACGUUCUCCACGCGCCAGCGGUCGAGGGGCUGGUUGAAGCUCGUCGCCGCCGCGAACAUGCGCGCCGUGCUCGUGACUUUGUCAACUCGCCAGCCGUUGAGCGGCUGGUUGAACGCCGCGGCGCCGGCGAACAUGCGCUCCAUGUCCGUGACCGCGCCGACGGCCCAGCCGUCGAGGGGCCGGUCGAAGGCCAGGGCGCCGGUGAACAUCGAGCGCGUGCUCGCGACGCGGUCCACGCGCCAGGCGCCGACGUCGCGGUUGAAGGCCGCGGCGCCGUCGAACAUGUUCUGCAUGGCCGUGACGGCGGAGGUGUCCCACGCGCCGACGUCGUCGUUGAAAAGAGCGGCCUGGGCAUGGCGGUGGUCGCACCACGACGCGCAGAACAGCUCGCUCAUGUCCGUGACCAGGUGCGUGUCCCACGUCGCGAUGUCGCCGUACCGGCAGACGGCGACGCGGCGGGCCUCGGUCAACCAGGCCGCGACGGCCGCGCGGAGGCUCGUGUCGUUCAUCACCGGCCCGAGGUGCGCGACGCCGCUGCAGUCCAGCACCGUGGGCGCCGCCGUGACCGUGGGCGCCGGCGAUGGCGCGCGGGACGGCGAGCCCGUGUCGUCGUCGAAGCCGGGAAAGUUCGCGUAGCUGUACGAAUAGCUGAACGACGGGCACUCCUCCGGUACCGCCGUCCCUUCGCGUGUGAUCAGGUAGCUUUCGUCGUCGCCGACGUCCUCCAUGCACUGGCAGUCGUUCUGACAAUAGCACUCGCCGUCCCCCCAGUCGAUGGCCACAAGAUCGUCGCCGUGCGCGUCCUCACACAUCGUCCAGCAGUCGCCCGGCGAGGUGGAACAACCAAUGAGCCUAUCCAGAUCGCUGUAGCACCAGCCCAUCGACGAACC